AUUCGGAGCAACGCCAUUCAAAUCCCGUCAACCAAUAACUCUAUUAACAAUUACUUGUGAUAACUAGCUGAUUUCCUAAUGUCAAAACAUAUUGAAUUUAUUUCAUUGUAGUAGUAUAAUAAUAAGUCACUCAAAUUUCGUAAGACUCCGCUUGUAGCUAUUAUAGAGUUACCGACAGUCCCACACAAAGGAGAAGGGUCGUACAUGGAGUCGGCAAGCCUAUCCAGCAGAAAAAAACUUGCUAUAAAACGUCCACCAGAGUACGAUCAUCCAAAUGAUCUAAACUCUGACAUGAGAGUUCAAGGACCUUCAUCUAGAAGAAUUAUGACGCCUCGUGAUGAAAGCCCAGAUUUUUCGGAAGUCACGAAGUCGAUGCCACUUCUAAAAACCAGAGCAACAAUUAAUAUAAAUACACGGAAUGUCCGGACACUGAAAAACCAGGAGAACCAGUCAAACAGCUACGGAAAUGAUAAGACACAACUAGGCGCUGCUCAGAAACAGUGAAAACCAUUGGACAGAAAAGGCUAGAUACGGGAGAGAUGCUGUUGUAUUCAGGUCACGAAGAGGAAAAUACCCCACACACUCAGGGUGUUACUCUGAUGCUGUACAAAGAAAUCUAUGAAGCACUGAUAGGAUGGAAAUCUUGUGGACUCAGAAUCGUCAGCGCAUCAUUCAAAACAAAGAAGGAAGAGAUCACAAUGAACGUUAUCCAAUGUUAUGCACCCACCA